CGUCGCAUCGGGUUGGGUCGGCUGGACCCUCUCGAUUACCAUUGCUGCGCAGGUAGAUCCGUUCGCGCGAGCCCCGUCCCUGAAUCGGCGCGGGCGAUCCGAUCGAUCCGCUGACACGCGAAGGCGGUGAUCGAUAAGCCGCGUUUGAUUAAAGUUCGCGUCGCCGAUUGAACGCCGGCCGCGAUUAACGACUUCGUUAAUUGUUUGAUCUCGGGCCGCUAAGUAACCCCUCGACGGGGCCAUUGUCGACCGGCGAUUGCCGGAUGGAUCUUGAGAAACCCUCGCUGCCGGGGAUGGCGGCGAACGUUGUUACAAUUUGUUGUUCUUAGCUACGGCGUUUAUUUUGGAAUUCGCGAUGGCUUGCAUUUGGACACCGUUCGACGUGCUCAUAUCGACUACGCUACCAACGAACAUCUGCUACACGCUUCGGCGACUGGGAAUGGAGGACGUCGCGGUCACUUUCCUGACGAAUAAGUCUUUAACGACGGUCAUUACUUACACUGCGGCAAUUACGUUUCUUCUGCUCACGCUUCACGUCACGGGAUCCGUUGACUAUGCUAUAAUUAGGGAUUGUGGAGCAACGUGUUUUAUUACUCACGCACAGGACAGAUUGCUUGAUAGACUGCAGCGGGAGUUCACGUUUCUGAAGGAAGGGCCGAAAGGGUGCCGAUGUAAACUUCGCAGAAGGAGACGCAGUAAAAGUUGCAGAUAAUAAUUCGAUGCGAACCUCUGCUGAUAACCGUAGGAAGCAUUAUUAGAAUGGCAAUGUACGCAAAACGUUAACUGUUUGUUUGCGUACAUUGGAGGUAUGUACGUACGUCCACGCGAUUUUAACCAGUUCUUGACGACUUUCAGACGCUCCACGGUUUAUCCUUUCACUCGCAUUAACGUCACGCUUAGCAUUUCCCAUGCGAAUUUUUGCUAGACGCUUCAUUAGUUUUAUUAAUAGAAAUUAAUUUAACUAAAUUCAUGAUUAUAUAAUU